CAGGUGUUUUUAGAAGCAGCCGAGGUUUAGUCAUCAAGGCAAAUGAUCGCUGUUUCACAGUAUAUGUGUAGUGUGUUGUACGUCAGACUAGUUGCUUCCACUGAGACAAAAUGUAUGGGAGAUUUUGAACUCUCGAUGUAGUGCUCGAUAGAUGAGGACUAACUAGAUUGAGAUCGUCAUUCUACAGCUGACUGUUGACAGACUGACAGCUAUUCUGAAAUAGUCUGGAAUAAUAUUUGUUUUUUAAAUUCCUUGUUUUGGAUAUUUGAAUUUAUUGUGUUGAGCGGAAUACUAGAAGGACAGAUCGCAACAGUUGAUUUAUUUAAUAAACAGGAUUUUAUUAAGUGAUCAUUUAUUCAUUGACCUGAGGUCAGUAUUACUCCACAGCAAUAAUGUCAUGGAGGUCUUGUUCAUCAAUGCAUGUUGUUUCCCGUUGUGUGUUCACGUUGUCAUAACAACAACCAACGUCCAUGCUGACCAUAGGAUAGCAUAACCGGUAAUGGUUAUUCUUACUGACCACUCGCCACGUUGUGUCAGCCCAGCCGCGCACCAUCGUCGUCCGAAAAUCAAAACAGCCCAUCAGGUCGUGGCCGCUGUCCGUCCAGGCAAUAUCAAUACAAAGCUGGCGAACGCCAUCAACUGCCAAAUGCCAGAAUCUGGAGACGUUUCCGUAUUGUCCCCAACCCCGAUCCACCACAGCGGCAGCAAGCUGAGCAGCUCCUGGAACUCUAGGAGGCACCUGAAGCUGAACCUCAACAUCUCUCAGUGCCACCACGCCGGGGGAGUCGCCUUCAACGCCGCCAACCUGAGCGGGCGCCUAGGCCCCGCAGGCAUCAGGCCUUCAAGGCUGGUGGUGUCUGCCUCUGAAGACGCUCACAUGUCAUCAAAGAAGUCCAAGCUGGACUUUUGCCCGCUGCCCAUUUCCACCCUUGCAAGCUCCUUACCCGGGAGCCCGAAGAAUCCUCGGGUGACAAACGGGCACAGCAGAUCCUGUGGGAGCCCGUCGCCAUCCAGCAUUCGCCCAUCAGAGAUAACUCAUUUCCAUCACCAGACAACCUUCACGUCUUGCAGCUCCUCCUUCGCAUACUCCUGCAGCUCUGCCCAGUGCAACACCCCUGCCGUUGUCAACGGCAACCAGCCAAACAACCCCGCUACCUCGCCUACAACGGCUUUUAUCGCCAGCAGUCGGAUCUCGCCACUGUCCAGCCCAGUGGUUAACAACUGCGGCUGCGGCAUCGUGUGUGGCGCCAUCUCCUCCUGCCCUCCGGCACCCAUCGGCUCGUCCUCGCCCAAAGCCAAACUGAAACCCAUGAGCCCGGACGAGCUCGCACUGGCUGUGAACAAAAGCAAGCCCAUUCUCAUCAUUGACGUUCGCGCGGCGCCCUCAUACCUCCGCAACCAUGUGCAAGGGGCGGUCAACCUGUGCUGCACCGACCCCCUCUACCGCCGCCGGAUAGAGACAGGAAAGAGCUCCGUGCUGGACCUCCUUGGAGUCAGAGACAGUUCCGCCAUCACGUCCUCCUCGCCGUCCACUAAGAGGAAGUCCUGCGGCAGCGCUAUGGACAUUGUCGUCUACGACGACCACACCAGCGUGCAGGACCUGGCCGAGGUGUCCAGGUCUCAGGAGAGCGCCCUCUACAUGGUCCUGACAUCCUUGUUGAGAGAAGGAAACAGCGUUCGAGUUUUGGAUGGAGGUUUUAAAAGUUUUAGCAUGGACCACGCGGCCCUCUGUCGCUGCAGCCUGCAGAUGCCGAUGGACCAUGUCUCUCUGUGCCGGUGCAGCCUGCAGCAGACUGUGGAGUUCAAACCUUUGUUGUAUAGCCCGACCAACGGAGUCCACGAACCGGAAAUCGAAGCAGCAGUUGCGUCGCAAGUCCUACCAUUCCUGUAUUUAGGGAACGAGCGUGACGCCAAAGACCUGAGCAGGCUCCGGAGUCUGAACAUCGGCUACGUCCUGAACGUGACGUCCCACGUCCCGCAGUACUAUGACGAGCAGGGGAUCAAGUACAAGAGAAUUCCAGCCUCGGACAGCGCUCAGCAGAACCUCAAGCAAUACUUCGAGGAGGCCAUCGAGUAUAUCGAUGACGCCAGACAGAACAACGCCAGGGUGCUCAUACACUGCCACGCGGGCGUCUCCCGCUCCGCCACCAUCACCAUCGCCUAUCUCCUGAAGCACACACGCAUGGCCAUGGCCGACGCCUACAAGUUCGUCAAGGGCAAGCGGCCCAUCAUUUCCCCGAAUUUCAACUUCAUGGGCCAACUUUUAGAGUUUGAACAGGACCUGAAUGAUGGCGUGUCGCCCAGGAUACUCCAGCCAAGACUUCAAGGAAUUGAGAGCAGCGUGUGAAAGCUCGACACCAUACCAAGAUACGCCCAUGUUUUCUGACUUAAUAAUCGGCUAAUAACUUUUGACAUAAUUACAUCAGGAUACUUCAUUGACUCCAUACAAUGCACAUUUGUGUGCCGACAUUUCAAAUCAAAGGCGCUGUAGUACUCUAGGAAUUUGAGUGCUGUAAACAUUCUAAUAUUUCUGAGCACGAAAUAAAACUUUGAAGACUAUAAAGCCUCAAACUCCAAAAGUUAACUCACAUUUCUCUUCGAUCAAAUGUUACUAGUCAAAAAUGCCACGGACUUCAAAGAAAAAAAAGUAAGCUACUGAUAAUGAUCCCAGAGAUGGUGUCAUCGACUCAGAACUGUGUUUCUAGAGGAAAAGGACAAAUACCAUUUGUAGUGAUUGCUGAAGAUUGACUGAUGUCAUAAAUUAUUUAUUUCUUUAUGCUCAAAACUUGUUAAUGCUCUUUAUUGACUACUGUCUUUAUUUCUUUAUACAACUAUAAAGCUAUCACUGGGGGGUCCAGACCACUUUUAUGAACAUGCUUUUAAAACAAUGUAUCUAAAGAAAAAAAAAGAUUCAAGAAAACAGUUUGAACAAGUUUUGUGAAGGAAAGAUGGGCAUUGCUAGUCACAUCUUCCUUCAGUAACUUUCCAUGACUCUAUGUCUACAUCAGAAAAAUACAAUUGGAAGAUUAUUAAAGUUUUCUUGCAAAGUCAUCAUACAAAAAGCAACUCAAUACAGAUAUUCUCAAAAUAAUAACAAAAUCUAUUAAACUUUUACUCAUGUUUUGCAAAAUACAAAUAUGCUAAUUUGAAGAAGCAUAAAUAUUUAUCCUGUAAAUAUUAUCAGUUCAUAUAGGUCUGGGUAUUUCAACCCAAAGAAUGGAUUUUUUAAAAAAUUCUAAACAAAACUGUAGGUGUUUGUGUCAAUUGAGCUACAGUUUCUAUACACUUUUAAUCUUUCAUUGUCACUCAAGCUUUGAGUGACAGCCUUUAAGAAUGUGUUGUGAAUAGGCAGCACUUAACUUUCUACAUUUUAAGCCCCUUUCUACACUGUAAGCCCCUUUAAUUCCUUUCUAAAUUGUAAGCCCCUUUGGUCCCUUUUUACAUUGUAAGCCCCUUUGGUCCCUUUCUACAUUUUAAGCCCCAGCUCCUUUGGUUCCUAAACUCCCUUUCCCUCCCUUUUCCAUUCCCCAAAAUGUUUAUUUCUAUUUGGAAACAAAUGUUUCUAUGUUUCUUUUCUUUUAUUUUGUACAUUAUGAAAAUCUGAAUGAAAACAAAAGAGAUGGCAUGAAAUGUGGAAGACCUGUUUCUCCAUCUGCCAUUACACUUUCAGUCUAUUGAUCCAGAUAGACUGUAUGUACACACUAUGCUGUCUGUGAUGUUUAAAGACCUGACUACACAAAACAUGAGAUGAGCUAUUAAAGAAGACAAAAAUAGAGCUCCACUGACCUGUAUAUAUUGACCAAGAUAGAAUUCUUUGGUUAUGGACACUUUUUUUUUUUUUUUGGACUUAACGUGAUUGUGAACUUUUUUUUUGUGACUGGCCGCAAGUGAUUGAGGAUCACUGGACAGCGGUGCACACUUGCUUCUCAGGGGUUCUCAUUUCAUAUCAAAGUGUGCACACAGCCGACACGAACUAGCUGGUCAUCUGCAGGCUCAGACCAUGCUGGGCCAUUAGUUAGUCAUUUUUUAAUACUUUUUUUUUUUACCACUGUGGAUAUCAUCAUAAUUUAUUGUGUGGUCAUUCAGUGGUCACUGGUCAACCUGUUUGACUGGUAGCUUGACCACUUGGUAUGCUCUAUUUUGUAUGGAGGUUUGUUAAUAGUAUAAUAUGUAGAAAUAUUCAUCGAGGCUGCUAGUUGGAAUACAUGUUUUAUUACUUUAAUCAUUUUUACUUUGCAAUGAAAAAAAAAAUCUAUAUGAAAAAUUGUAAACUUGAUUUUUUUUGGGUUAUAAAUCAAUAAAAUUUUUAAAAUGUAAAUGUCUCAAAACCUUUUUAAAUAUUAAAUAAUUAUUCUAAAUUGUAAUUUGGAAAUUAAACCUUGAGAUUCACAAUCUGUUGAUGAGUAUUUAUAAUUUUAGAAAGUAAUCUUUAGAAAAUAAAUGUUUAAAUAUUGUUCUUAUUUAUUUCUUUUAUGAACGUAGAGAAAGAACCAACAGAAACAUUAUUGAAACAUUCCUACAAUUUUUGUUUGUUCAUUUUUGUUUGUUUAAUUGAAUCAUUUCAUAUAUAAAAUAUCCUAUGAAUAUUACUGUCAAUGUUGUGUGAAGAUAUAUAAAACUUAUAUUUAUUUAUAUAUAUAAACAUAUAUUCCUUGAUGUUGAAGGUGUAGUUAAACAAUCUUUUUUUAUGUGAAAGUGUUUUGUUAAUUUAUGUUAAUUUAUGAGUGUCGAGAUCAAAACAUGCCUUGCCACUACCAUUGUCAAAUUCAAAAUUGAGUGUGCAUGUGUGUGACUAUGAGCUUGUGUGUUUGAUGUGUACAUCAUAAUAUUGGACUGGAUGAUAUUCUUUUUUUCUUUUAUUCUUGUGAAGUGCCUUUUGUGUUUUCUAAAGGGCGUUUCAAAUUUUUUCUUCCCAAAAAUUUUCCCUUCAACUUGUUUUCAAUUGAAGCAAAUCUUGUACUACCUCUGUUUCCAGAAACUUGAGUUAAUCAUUUCUUCAGUCAUAAUCAUAAUAGCUACCAUAGAAUCUUUUUUUUUUUUUUUUGUUUCUUAUGCAUACAUUUCUUAUUGUUUUAAAAGUAAUUCUGAUCAUCUCAAACAGGCAGAGAUUUAAAUUUUGAGAACCAAAUUUAGUUUGAAGAUUUGAAAAACAAAUUGGGCACCAAUGCCAAGUGAUAAUUGUAUUAAUGCAGUUGUAAGGCCAAAAUAUGUUUUCUAAUAAGGUUCUCCACCAAAGUGUAUACAUUCAUACCUCAAUUUCAAAAAAUACAUUUUCCUUUGCAAUUUUCCUUAAGGUGAUUUCUCUAGAACUAAAAAAAAAAAGAAAAUAUGUAUAAUAUGAAAAUUGUGCAAUAUUUGUGCUCUAUGAACUGUGUACAUACAGAUUGAUUCUUGCAAUACUAUCAUGUUGUUACUCCACUGUUCCCCUUCCCUUCACUCUGUCAUUUAUCUGUAUAGGGCAAAAUAUGUUUUGAUACAUUUUGUAAUGUUUUGUUAAUUGGACUGAUCAUGAUAUUUUCCUUAAUUAGACUGAUCAUGAAUCUUUAAUUUUUUUCUCUUUUUUUUUCUCUGUUCAUAUUUUCCCCAAUCCAUUUGUGUGUGUGUGGGGAUUUUUAUUUUGGGAUAAAUGGUAUUCUGCCCUCCUCUUAUUGUUCCUCCCUCUUCUUAUUGUUCCUCCUCCUCCUAGAGUGUCUUUUGUUUGGUGUCUUGUUUUCUGGAGUUAUUAUUGGGAGUUUUAAUCCCUCUAUCUUAAGGAUGUAACAUGCUCUUGUAGGAGAGAAAUUCAAUUUUGUUUUUUUUAUAAAUAUCUUUUGGCUCUCUGUCUGUAGUUGAAAACUGUACAUAUCCAAGUAGUCAGUAAUUUAGUCAGUAUAUUCAUAACCCUAUUGAUUUUCUCCAGUCAUGGCAAACUCAUUUUCACCAGACCAUCUUUUACAAAAU